CGAGGGGAGCCGUGCGCGGAAGGGACUGCCUUGAUGGGCUUGAAAAAUCACUGCAGCAGCAGCGGCGGCGGCGCCGGCGGACAGGGGGGAGAUGCAAUCCCCGGGUUGCGCGGCCGCGCCGCUCCCUUUGCCUCGCCUCUCCCCUCAGGCUCCGGCCCCGGCCCUGCCCCUUUUCCCCUGCGCCCGGCUCCAAACUUUUUCCGCCGCCCGCUCACCCCCUCGGGUGUGAGGGAGCCCCGGGCUCAGCGGUCGCCCGGAGCCCGCGCCCCCGCCCACCCGCCCAGGAGGGAUGCUGCUCCGGCAGCUGCUGGGGCUGCUCCGCCGCUGCUGGCCCUCCUUGCUGCUACACUGUGCCCUCCACCCGCUCUGGGGGUCCCUCCAGAUCACUCAGGGUGAGCCCCAGAAGUCAUGCUCCAAGCCUGUAGCAGAGAAAGUUACAGAGAGCUGCCAGGAAAUUUGCCAGUGCAGGCCACCUCCACUGUUACCACCGCCUCCUCCACCUCCACCGCCUCCGAGGUUGCUGGCGGUGCCGACUCCCAAGUCUACCUUCUGUCCCACUGAAGAGACCUGGUGGCCAGGCCUGAUUAUUAUCAUUGCAGUAUGCUGUGCCACACUAGUGUUCCUCUUUGUAGUUGUCAUCAUUUGCUACAAAGCCAUAAAAAGGAAACCAAUGAGAAAAGAAGAGAACGGAACCAGUCGGUCCGAAUAUGCAAUGACCUCCUCCCAGAACAACAAAACAGUUGAUAACAAUGCGGUUGUAUAAUCCCUGAAACCCCGCCAAGGGCGCAGGAGGUGGUAAACUUUCAAAGCACACACAUGGAGUAUGCAAGGUGGGUGAAAUAAGGCAACGAAGGGAGCUGUGUGGCCAAGGACUUCCAUUUCAGAAACAGCGCACGCAUCAGUGAUCCAGAAGGGAAAAGCAGGCUGCUCUCCAGGCUUGCUGCUUCUCCAAGGGAGGAUAAACUCACCCACCUGGGCUGCCCGGAGAAAAGGCCUCACAAAGGCAUAAGCAUUGCAUGCUGCAUCUCAUGAAAGCGAUGUUGCGAUGCCUCCCGCUUUUCUUCUUCCUCUCUUCCCCCUUACUUUUAUGUUUGUAUUGAGUGUCCACAAAAAGCUGCUGAAGUAGGGUCUUUUGAGGAGAGGGUGAUCUGCCAGGGUGGUAGCAGCUUUUCAUAAAUCAGUCAGAGGGAGGUGUCUCCCUCUAUAUGGGAGGACACCUCCCUCUAUAUGGUGGGAGGUGUUACCUACGUGCUUCUCCAGCCUGUGCAGUUUUGUACGCUAAUAAUUCAUUCUUAGCAUUCUUAUUAUUUCAUUAUUAAAAGGGGAACAAAGGUUUUUGUUAAGCCAUCAAGGAAAAUUUGCGUGAACUUGUGACUUGUCCCAGGAAAUUUAUCCGCAGUCUGGUGACUAUGCAAUUUCGACAGCUGAAGACUUUUCAGGCAAAAGAAAUCAAAAUGUAAGAUUUUAGCAAUUAUCAUUGCUAUUGAAAGAGAGAUGUUAUUAAGAGGUACUUUGAACGUUAUUACUUCAUAAUCAGACUCUUUUUUUUCAUGACAUUUAAAUUUUAUCUUUAAAAAUGUCCUUCCUUUGCAAAAUUCUACACAUUUCUCUGGGUUUGCAUCAUGUUGAUUCCCCAGGGAAACUCCUACAGGAAAGAUAUUGUUUACAUCUUGGCGUAUUUGGGCGGGAUUGUGUUGAAAGGACUAGCAGCCCUUUGAAGUCCUCUUCAUUCACUGGCUAGUGUUCUUUUCUUAAAGUGUUGAGUCUCCUGAACUGACCCACUAGGGACAUUGCAGGUCUGGCUUGGAGGACCACUUUUGAGGGUCCAGUAAGCUGGUUGUGCCCACGUUAACUCAGUCUCUGCCUCUCCUGAGCCGAGAACGCCGAUUAUGCCAAAUUCAGUGUAAUAGCUUAGUAUACGUUCUGUGAGGUGGAUUGCAGACUAUUUAAAGCAAGGCUGAAUCUACCCAAAUUCAUUUAAUGUAGGAUCUCAGGUUAGACUCAGUAAGUUACCCUUAGGAUAAAGGUGAUGAGACUAGUUGAGAUGCUGGUCUUUCCCCAUCUCCUGAAAACUUUUUUUCGUGUCAUACCUCCACGUGUAUGUCUCCGUUUACCUCUGUGCUGAAAGUAAUGAUGCAGUCAAAGACAAAUUUACACCCUGGCUUCUUGUCCAGGCAUAAAGCUUCAAUACCACUGAGUCUCCGCGUCUGUGAGUAACUCCCAGGUGUCAACCCCGUCUCUGGGAUGUGGCUGUGCCCUGGCUGUUAUGUCCCUCGGUACUGCAGCACACCAGUUUUAUAUAAGGAUGUGCCUGAACUGCAGAAAUCAGACCUUGAUUUGAAUGCAUUCCUGCCUGCAGUUGGUCUAUUACUGAGAUGCAGAGUUUGGCCUGAUGGUAGAGGAAGACAGUGUUCUGCAGACCUUCCCCAAAAGAAGCUCUGGGACGUUCAAAUCAGCAGUUUCAGCUCAGGCCCAUCUGUAGCUUUCUAUUACCUGUUGAACAGUAGGGUGUAUGUAAAUAUAAGUAUCUUUUUAAUGAUAAAAUGAAAUGCUGCUAUAUACUGCUCUUGAGAAAUUUAUGGAUUUAUUCAUUUAACUUUUUAGUCUGUCAUCACUAUGUAAAAGUUUAACCACAUAAAAUUAUUUUUUAAAGCUAGAUCCUCUUGGGAAAUGAAUGCAAUUACAAAAGUGAAAGGGAAUAAGUAACCCUUUGCCCAAGAGUACGAUCAUUCCCAGACACAGUCAUUUUGUGUGCUUGCACAAGACAGAGUGAUAUGUUCUUAGAUCCAAAGUGGGAUUAAAAUGACAGGAUUUACACUUUGUGUCUAGUAUCCCAAAUGAUGAUUGCCUGAAGCACUUAGUUCCUAAAUACUAUAAUAAUAAUAUUACAAGUAUAUUUCUAGAAUAUUUUUAAGCUAUAACAUUUAUUUUGAUGUAGUUACCUAUGUUUGCCUUUCUUUUUUUACUCCACUUGUUUCAGCCUAAAUGUGAAAACGUUGCAUAGUUUGAGACUGGUUGCAUGUGUCUCUGAGAGUAUAAAGUAUGAAUGCAGAUAAGUUUAGCAUGAUACAGGCUCAGGAUUAGCACUUUCUCCUAAAGGUUGUUGGUUUUAUUUUAUUCCUAAUUCAGCUUUAAAGGCAUGUUCUGUACGAUGAGAAUUACAACAAGUCCAUCAAAAUGCAUCUGUUUUUGCAAGAAAGAGAUGGUCACUAGACACUGUCUGAUUUUCAUUGAUGUAAAUGGUAAAAUGUCCUCACUAGAGAAGACCCUGGUGCAUGACACAACCCACAAACAAACUCCCCCAGGCCUCCUGAGGACUCCUCAGGAGAACAUAAACAUUAAAAACUUCAUGGAGAGCAGGGAGGCAGGGCAUUGCAAGAAGUAGCACAUGUGGACUAGGAUCUGUUUUCAACUCUGCCACUGAAUCUGCUCUUUACUAGCAAGUAAUUUUGCCUCUCUGUGCCUCAAUUUACCCAUCUGUAUAAUCAAGAUAAAAGUACGUACCAGCUCUGUGGCAGUAUUUUGAGAGAUAUAGAUGUAGCUUAUUUGCAUAGGCAGAUAUACACUAUUGUUAUAUGCAACAUGCUGAUAAAUGUAUCUGGGCACAUAAUCACCAUAAUAGUUCUUGGAACAGACAUUUCCCUUGUGCUUUUCUAGUGCGUUGGCCACAGAAGAGCAGCAGCAGACAGCCCAAGAGCUGCUCCUCUGCUUGCCCAGAUACUUAGCUCUCAGCCCUCACUCCAUGGCACGGCAAGGAGAGGUGGGAAAUCUUCCAUGAGGUAGUUUUGCCUUUAGAUUCCUACCUAGGUACAGUUGACUACACUGCACGGAAAUUUAAAGUGAUAUUCAGAAGUGCUUAGAAAAGUAUACUGGAAGCAGAUGUAAGUCUUCAAAAAAGAAAGGCUAGAAGGGCAUUGUCUCUCAGGAGUGAAUUCAGAAGCCUGCUGAUGUGGUAUGAGCUUGUGUUUAACACUCUACAGACUACUUGCAAAGCUUUUAUAAGAGAGGCUUCUGUGCUUCCUUAUUGUACUAUAAUUAAAUACAAAAGGAAAGGAGUAGGCCUGAUGGAUAAGCGCUUCACUAAGCAGUGAUCCUGGAUCUGGGGAACUGGCAAUCUAAUAUGCAGCUUUAAAAGCAUUUUGAGUUCCUUUUUAGCCACCAAAGCAUCAGAGAUAGAACAGUCCUUCAUAGUUCAUAGCUCCAUUCACAAAAUAGCCGGAUCCCCAGCAGAUGCAAAGGUGACCAGUUUCUACACAGAAGUUACCUGUUCUGCUCUGACCACCACCAGACAGACUGAGCAAACUGCUGUGCUCAGUCUGAGGGAGAGCAGCCACUCAAAAUCUCUUCUCAAGGAUCACCACUAGCGGGGAGUGCACUUUAAGGGCCUGAGCUGUUGAGUUUCCUUGUUCCUCAGCAGCAUCAGGAAGGUGGAGCUGCCACCCUUCCUCACCCACACCCAACUCAGCGGUGUGCCUCGGAAAGCAUCUCUGCCUUGGACAGAUGCUGCAAAAACAGACAUGGAAGGAAAGAGGAAAGUUCUACUAAGCAUAAGAUAUAAAUAUAUUGAGAUAUAUAUAUCUAUACAGAGACCUAAUUGUCCGGUCUUGCAUGCCAUAUGGUCACAGCAUGUGAAGAAAGUGUGGGCAUCCUGCUCCAACCAGGUCAUGACCAUAGACACUGCCAAGCAAUGGAGAAUCAGGCCUAUGGUAGAUAUGUAUUUACAAUACUCCUUGCACCUGUACAAACAAAAAUAUAUUAUUUUAAACUGCAACAUAGUGUGUUUAAAUCAAUGCAUGAAUGUAAAUAUUCUAAGAUCUGCCUUCUUGACUGUGUACCACAUGUACAGAUGAAAACAAAUAUUGUUUAUAGGAAAUCUGUAUCAGUGGUUAAAUGAUUAAAGAGAAAAAAAUAUCAAAAUUAAUGUUGUCAUGUUUCUCGAAAGCCAUUAAUAUAUAUUUAGUAUUUAAGGAUAUUGCUCAAUAAGUAUGUUCUGUACCAAAAACUGUGUUGCAUAUACAGAUUGUGCAGUACCCUAUUUUAAAAAGCCACCAUAAUUAAUUUUUAUUUUAAAUAAAAAUGUACUUGUAAAAAGU